AUGUGUGCAGUUCCUGUUCAGCCCUCCCUUUCUCUCUCUUUCACAAUCUGGAGCCAGCGUGCUUUAGCUCCUCAGCCAUUCUCAGAAACAAAACAGCUGUUGAAAGGUUUCUCAACAGCAGCUGCCCCCUCACACACGCACACACCACGAUACUAGCAGGGUCUGCCCCCUGCGGCGGUCCUCACCGUUAGGUGCUUGACUGACCCCUGAUUUCUUCCAAGCAAGAUUGCCUGCAGAUCCUGCUGGGGCUCUAAUUACAAAUCCAGCUGUCAGGGGCAUCUCCACGGGACUUUCGGGACCCUGAACAGCCCUCUCGCCUGGCUAGGCCCAGCCUGUCCUUGCCAUGGAGUUUGCAGAGUUGAUCAAGACCACCAAGGUGGACAGCGUGGCCUUCUCGUGUCCAGGGCUCCAGUCAGUCAAGGGGAUGCUGUGCAUCACUAGCCAUCACCUGCUGUUAUCCUCCCGGCCAGGGGCAAAUGGAGAGCAGGCCCAGACUGAGCUGUGGCUUCUUAUCCGGAACGUGGAUGCCGUUGAGAAAAGUGUUCAGAAUCUAAGCUGGUAUCAAAGCUCCCGGACUAACGGCUCCCCUCGACAGACCAGGCUUGCAAACGCUUCUGGCACCAUCAUUCUCAAAUGCAAAGACUUGAAAGUUCUGCAGCUGGAGAUCCCUGGGAUGGAGGAGUGUCUGAACAUUGCCAGUUCCAUUGAGGCCCUCUCCUCGGUGGAGUCGGUGAUGAUGACAUACCCAUUCUUCUACAGGCCCCAAAGCCUGAAGCUGGAAGAUGGGUGGCAGCUUCACAGCCUGGAAGAAUACUACCAGCAAAUCGCUUCGGAUACAGGUGCCUGGAGGCUCAGCUACAUCAAUGAGGAUUUUGUGGCCUGCUCCAGUUACCCGCAAGUCGUCAUUGUGCCAGCCGCAGUGAAUGAAGAAACUCUGAGGGACAGCGCCCGCUUCCGUCACAGGGGACGAUUUCCUGUCCUCAGCUAUUACCACAAAAAGAAUGGGACUGUGAUGCUGCGCUGUAGCCAACCGCUGGUAGGUCCCAACCGGAAGCGCUGCCAGGAGGAUGAAGCGCUGCUGAGGACCGUGCUGGCAGGAGGAGACCGUGGCUUCAUCCUGGACACCCGGUCGGCGCAGGCGGCCAAGCAGGCUCAGAUGCUGGGGGGCGGCACAGAGCACAGGAGCUCUUAUCCUGGGUGGAAGAGAUUGCACCGGCCCCUGGAGAGAGGCCGUCCCCUCCAGGAAAGCUUCAUCAAGCUGGUGGAGGCUUGCAACGACCUGUCCCCCAACAUGGACCGCUGGCUGAGCAAGCUGGAAGCUUCCAAAUGGCUGUCCCAUGUCAAAGAAGCGCUGAGCACUGCCUGCCUUGCGGCACAGGGCAUGGAAAGGGAGGAGGCCUGCAUCCUGGUGCAUGGAGCUGAAGGGACGGACACUACCUUGCUGGUGACCGCCCUUGCCCAGGUCAUCUUGGAUCCCAAUUGCAGGACGCUGGCUGGCUUCCAGGGGCUGCUAGAGCGGGAAUGGAUACAGGCUGGGCACCCGUUCCGCCAGCGCUGCGCCCACUCGGCCUACUCCCACGCCCGACUCAAGCAGGAGGCGCCCAUGUUCCUCCUCUUCCUGGACUGCGUCUGGCAACUUGGGCGCCAGUUUCCCUUAUCGCUGGAAUUCAGUGAGGGCUUCCUGUUGGCGCUCUUUGAGCACAGCUACGCCUCUCCCUACGGCACCUUUCUCUGCAAUAAUGAGAAAGAAAGGAAGCUCUGUGAAGUGAAAGUGAAGACUCACUCACUCUGGCCUGGGCUGAACAGCAAGAGGCAGCAGUUCCUGAAUCCACUGUAUGCACACAACCCCUUGGUCAUUUGGCCAUCCGUGGAGCCCCAGAGUGUGCUGCUCUGGCAAGGUUUGUUCCUCCGCUGGGUCCGUUCAUCACAGCACCUAGAUGAAGCAUGGGCAGAAAUUCAGCAAAUAGCGAAGUCCACAAAGAACCACUGAGUGGGACGGAAAUGAGAUUGCAGCACAAGCCACUGCAAAAGCAGAAACCAAGGAACUGGGCAUCCAAAGUUAGUCCCAGGCUGAUCUCGCCCAUGUUUGUGUCUUGCAAAGACAGUGCUGUCAAGGACAGAGACACCUGCUUGCUGCUAGUUGCUACCUAUGCUGGGAACUGUGUCUGUGUGCAAGGGAGAAUUUCCCCGCAGGAUAUUGGCCUAGUCACUAAACUCUUGACAAUUAAAAGACCGCUUGUGUCGGAGAGCCAGCUGCUGUGUCACCUUAUCCAGGUUUUUCAUCAAGGAAAUCAAGUUCUGUUCUUAGAAUAUAUUUGGCAACUAGUUUGAUGGGGUUUUCCCCAGAGAUUUAUAUUUAAAAAAAAAUAAAAAUAAACCUAAUGUACAAAGUU